ACUCCGGGCGCUCUCGUUGGGUUCCUCCCCCACCCACCCGGCAGAGCCUUAGGAAAGCUUCCGGUCUCGACUCCGCCCCGCCCCUGCGGGAGUCUCCCGAGCUCUCUUUGAUUCGGGGCCUCCUAUACCACCCCGCGGCGCCUCCAAUUCAAUUCUCUACCCAUUCCCGUCCCCUCGGCGUCCCCCAAACCAAGGCUCUUUUGCAUACGUGAUGACACACGUUCCUCCGCGGGGCCCCCUAACAACAGAGGGGAGCGGACCGCUACCCGGAACCCCGCCCCCUGGCCCGGCGCUGGUCGCGCGCGCGCGCGCGCUCCUGGCCUGGGAAGAGAGAGACGGGGACAGCGGGUGCGAGACGGGCGAGCGCUCGGCGGCGGGGCCGGGCCCAGGGGCCGCCAUGGAGGCUGAGCCUGGCCCGCCCCAGUUGUGGCUCAAGCGGCGCCGCUGCUUCCUCAGCCUCGACCGUCCACGGGCGCUGCUGGCCUGGGGACCUUGCUCGGACCCGGUCCCAGACCCCAGCCCUGACCGGCCCCCGGCUCCGACCCCAGCCUCGGGGCCCGGGGCCUAUUCAGUUCCUGUUUCUGAGAUUAUCACUGUAGAAGAAACAGAAAUUGAUAAGAAGGACCAUAAAAGUGGAAAAUGGCAAAAAAUGGCCAAGCCUUAUGCUUUUACAGUGUACUAUGUCAAGAGAGCGCAGAAAACCUGCCGCUGGCGCUGUGGCCACGUGACCUUUUGGUGCACGGACGAGGUGCUGUGUAACCAGUGGAUCCAGACACUCCGAGACUUGAUUAAGAGUCUGACCUGUAGACCAAAACACUUACUUGUUUAUAUUAAUCCCUUUGGAGGAAAAAGACAAGCCAAACGAGUCUAUGAACAGAAAAUCGUCCCACUGUUUAAUCUAGCAUCUAUCACCACGGAAGUCAUUGUCACUGAACAUGCUAACCAUGCCAAGGACAGUCUAUUCGAAAUUAAUAUUGAGAAAUAUGACGGAAUCAUCUGUGUUGGUGGAGACGGCAUGUUCAGUGAGGUGUUGCAUGGCCUUAUUGGGAGAACCCAGAGGGAUUAUGGCAUAGAUCAGAAUGAUCCCAAAGCAUCAUUAGUCCAAUGCAAUCUAAGAAUUGGGAUAAUCCCUGCAGGGGGUGUUGCCAUGUGGUUGGCUGCCCCCUCUGUGGGGGACGUGAGAUCCCAGAAACCCCGGUGGGCGGCAUCCCUGGGAGCCGGACCCAGUGAGUCUGUGGCGCUGCCUGGGGCCGGCUGCGCAGCCAUGUCCUGUUUUGACAUUUCAGAGGAAGUAGAAGAAUGGAAAAUGAUCCACGGGAAGUUUCUGGCAAUCAAUGCAACCAAUAUGAGCUGUGCCUGUCCACGUAGUCCCAAGGGCCUUUCACCAAUGGCCCAUUUGGCUGAUGGCUCCUUGGACCUCAUCCUGGUUCGCAAAUGUUCCCGCUUGAAUUUCCUGAGGUAUCUCGUCAGGCAUACCAACGAAGAUGACCAGUUUGACUUUACGUUUGUUGAGGUCUACCGGGUGAGGAAGUUCCAGUUUAUGUCGAAGCAUUCAGAAGAUGAGGAUGGCGAUCUCAAGGACUUAAGGAAAAAGCGCUUUGGGCCCAUCUGUAGCAAGCACCAGAGCUGUUGCUGCAGUCUUCCCAGCAGCACCUGGAACUGUGACGGAGAAAUUCUGAACAAUUCUGCUAUCGAGGUCAGGGUUCACUGCCAGCUGGUGCAGCUCUUCGCCCGAGGGAUUGAGGAGACCCCGAAGCAGGAGGCUCUCAGCUGAGGAUCUGUUGCCCGAUACGGCCUCACGGUGUGGCCACGUCAGUGCUUGUCAACUUCCAAACAUAUUUAUUAGAACAUCGGAGACCAAUUCUUUUGGUGCACACACACACACACACACACACACACACAUUUGAAAUUUGAAUUUAUUUUUGAUAGUUAAAUGUUGAUUUUAGAGAACUGCCUCUUUUCCACAGUAUCUGUACAUCCUGAACAUUUUACGUGGUGGUCAUUCUGGAGCCAGGGGGUGUGGAAGAGGCUGCCUGGCUCCCCUGCUUCUGGGGAGCCCCAAUCCAGCGGCCCCUCAUGAGAACAACUGUAGGAGAGUAGAGUGAGGGGAUGGCUUCAGACAGUCACCCACUCUGGAAAGGCCAGGGCUCAGCAGCAUUGUCUGCGAGCCCUAGUGAGUAUGGAGAGCCCGAGGCUUCACCCGGGAGUGGGAGGCCCAGAGUGAGGAAAUGGAGGCCUUCGUCUCCCUCUUCCUGACUUGGGGUUCAGGCUGUGUGCCUUGAUCCUUGACAUACUGUACCGUGUUCCAUACAGUAGAUGCGGGGCUAGGAAGAGCCGCCAGUGCGAAUGACUCAUUGGUUGUGUCUUGGCCGUGUCUGAAUGCUGGGCUGAUGGAGAGAGUUACCAAAGUGUCUGCAAAACUAGGUCAAACCUGGGGCCGCUGAUGGCCGGCCCCAAAGCCCCCCUUUGGGGUUCCAGAUGUCAGUGCUCUGCGUGGACGCGGGCCAAGCGGUGAUGCUAACAUUCGUGCUGCUGCUUGGGGAAGGGGCCAGAGCUGCAUUCCGUGUGUCACAGGUUCUCUGUGUGAACCCUUUGUGGUUUGUGCCAGAAAGCGAGUGUUCGGCGGACCCGCAGUCGUUCUUCGGCGGUCCAUUUGCGCCACCUUCGUGUGAGGGCCCGAGUUGGGCAGCAGGCCUCGCGCUUCUACCUCUUGGCCUUAAUCUCCAGGUAUUUGGGGGAAGUUUUGUCCUUUUCGACUCUCGCAUUGUCGGGGUCUGUGUUUGUGUCUUGUCUGCGAACCACGAUUCACCGUUCAUUUGCUGCCGAAGCACCUGAAAGCGCAGCUAUCAGGGAAGCAGAUUUUCUUCAAAGGCCUCCCUCUUCAGUAGCAGGACGAUAGUCCUUGUCGUCUCCGCGGCCCCACGUAGGACUCUUGGGAGCUCCGUGUUCUCCCCAGAAGUCCUCGGCCCACCUUUCACGGAGCUCUUUUCUGUUCUCGUCUGGAAUCCGGCGCGGAUGGCCUUUAGCGGUUCACAUAGCUGGUAGGACAUAGUUAAGGCGCAUCACGCCGUAGAGUUUAGAGCCGACUUAGAGCAGCUUAGUCUGAAUGGACGCCCACUUGCCUGUCCAACCCCGGGAGGGAGCGGGAAGCUCCUAGAGCUGUUCUCAUGAAAACAGGAAGCUUUUCAGGGUAAAAGUAGCCAGGUGCGCCUCAUGCUGAAACUCGGGGUCUGGAUCGAAACAGCCUGCCGUGGCUCCCAGCACUGAUUUGAGACGCUUUCACACUCCCCUCCCCCACAGGUCCUGAGUGCGAGGGAGCACAUCUCCUGCCCCGAUCUCUGCCCUGGCCCGGCGGGCACCACCCAAACACAGCCUGUCCAGGAGCCACCCUGACCCGGCAGGGUGAUGGCACGCCCCCCUCUGAGGCGACUGCCUUUGGGGCUGCCGUGCCAAACACACCCUGAACAAGUGAGCCUGCUUUUUGGGUCUUUCCCUCCGGCUCCAAAGGAGCAGCCCCGCCAGAGCCCCUCCUGGCCUUCCUAGCUGGUUUGGGCCUCUUCUCGAUGGGGAUCCCUGCAGAGAAGUGGCUGCCGAGGUGGUUCCCAACACUGGAACCUCGGCCUUGUCUGAAGGGCCUCGAGAAGGGGCCUCCCCUUCCCUGCUGCCUUGUCCGUGCCGCGAGAAUGGCAAGCCGGGUUCGAGUCCCGCCCAGCCAGGCCUUGCGGCUUUCUGCCCCUUCUUACGCUGGGUGAGGGAGGGCAGGAGAGGCGUGAGGGGUGGCCAAGCUGCACCCGUGUCCCUCCAGGAGAGCUGCUCUCGCUUAUCUUCAUGGAGAAAAGAGCUUCGCAGGCAUGCCCGCUUGUAUGCGAAAAGCUAUUCCUUAAAUACGGUCAUGGGGAGAAAGAGGUUAUUGAUGGAAAGUCUUGUUUAAUUUUCUUCCUAAUCUUGCUGGUUUCAAGAUUAGGAGAGAGGAUGCUUCAUGUCUGAUAUACUGCAAAGACGAAAAAUAAAAUUAUGUUGGACAGAA